AUGCACGCCGCAAAAGAAUAUACUGAUGAGCAACUAAACUAUUACAAGAUUUGUCACGUCACAACUGAUAUCCUAACCGAAGGUUUGCGAACAAUUUUCAAACAAGAAUGGGACAGUCGUUACGGGAAGACUCUUGGAGAAUGGAGAGAUGAUCCUAGUAACGGGAAAGACUUUUACCGUAAAGAGUCCCCGCGAAACCAAAGGAGGAACAAGCAUAUGUUGUCCACCAUGAUUAAGGGAAAUAGAGCGGAAUGGGAUUGUACUAUGUUGUUUUACGCUAUUCUCUACUCAGAUUGCAUCUACAGUCUAAAUACGGUGGUGAAGACGAAUAUCGAUGGUCUCAGAAAAUUUCGCAAUGAAGAGUUUGCUCAUAUGCCACAAGGCCAACUUUCGAAGUUCGACUUUCAAAAUGCUACUGCCAAAGUAUUUGCUGCAUUCCAAGCACUAGGUCUUUCCACUGUAGAAAUUCAAGAGAUCACAAACCAAAAGACGUUUCCGACAGAGCAGUUAAGAGAUCUCCUAGACAAAGUGAAAGACUUAAAGAAAGACUUGGACAAAAAAGAGAAAGACAACAAUGACCUUGAAGAUCAGCUGAAGAAGAUAGAGAGUCAACGCCAGGAUCUGGAAGAUCAGCUGAUGGAAACAGGAAAACAACAAAUUUGUCUUGAGGAUCAGCUCAAGGAAACUGAAAAACAACUACAGGUUCUUAAAAAUAAGAUUAAAGAAACAGAAGAACAACGAAUGGGCCUUGAGGAUCUCUUACAGAAAAAAGAAAAUGAACUACAAGAAGCAGAAGAGAAACGCAGGAACCUUACAGACCAGCUUAAGACAACAGAAGAACGACAAAGAAACCUUAGAGAUAACUUAAAGGAAACAGAAGAGAGACGAAAGAGCCUUGAAGAUCAGUUACAAGAGAAAGAAAAACAACUGAAGAGCCUUGAAGAUCAGCUGAAGAAAUCCGAACUUCAACGACAGGUUCUUUCAGAACAACUACUGAACGACACCUCCCCGUUUUGCAUUCUUCCUCCUAAACCUUCACACGACAUAGCAAGUCGCGAUGUUGAGGCUGCUGAUAUCACAAAACAACUGCAGGAGUUAAAGCGAGCUGAUGCGAGCAACUUAAGUAUCUUGUAUAUUUCCGGGAAUCCUGGCAGCGGUAAAUCCCAACUGGCAGGUCUUGUAGCCAAGAGAUUUUACGAGAAAGCCCAAGAAGAUUCCUGCUCCGAAGUGUUUGUAAUGACAAUGAAUUCCGAGACGCUAGGCACACUUUUGGAUUCUUACAUCACGUUCGCUCGACAAAUAAAGUGCCCCGAAGAUGCGAUUACACAAAUCCAUAUCUCCAAAGAUUUGACGACAAAGGACAAGAUUAACAGCAUGAUAUCCUUAAUCAGCUCAAAGAUUGGUCAGUACGAAUCCUGGCUUCUGUUGGCUGACAACGUGAAAAACCUAUCUGAAAUGCAUGUUUAUUUACCCCAGCAAGGACAUGGACAGUGGGGAAGGGGGUAUCUGUUGAUCACAACCCAAGAUAAUACAUGUAUACCGUUGAAAAGCACUUCCAUUCGACACAUCUCAGUAAGCGAGGGUAUGCAGUCCCAAGAGGCGUGUUCUUUGUUGGCCCUGAUUUCUGGUAUCAGCGAUAGUGAGAUAGAAGAACUAGUAGCUAGAGAACUCGACUACCAACCUCUUGCUUUAGCAAGCACAGCCACCUAUGUGAAGCAACUCCGACAGAGCAAACGUUUCUCAGAGUUUGGAUGGAAUGACUAUCUGAGGAAAGUGGAGGAAGGGCAACGUGAUGCGACAGAGACUCUACUUACAGAGACCAACCCAUGUUACAAGAAAUCGAUGACAACAGCAACAACACUGGCUGUUAAAGAAGUGAUGCAAUCAGACGGUAUCAUAGAUCAUGCAUUCAGUUUUCUCUCCCUCCUUUCGUCACAGCCCUUGAAUGUGGAUAUCGUCGUGAAUUAUAUCAUAAGCGUCGAUAAAGGAAUAAAAGACGAAGAGAUGAUAAUCAUGAAACUCCAAAGAUGUUCGUUAAUUUUAACACAUGAAGAUGAGUUUGGUUUCCACAUCCGGAUACAUCAGGUUGUCCGUGAGGUCGUAAAGUCUUUGAUUAAGGGCUAUCCGGAGAGCCGGCACAUGAAAACUUUGAAUAGCGCUGUUGCGGCGUUUAACCAGUUCAUAGAUGACAACUUACCGAAGGAAUCGUCAGAUUCAAUUUUUCAAAGUUACGCCCUUGCCCUACAUUUAAAACAUUUCAUUCUUAGUUCUGAAAACGACAUUUUACAGGAAGCCGAGGAGUGUCAUGUUCCUGCCACUAACUACCGUUCCCGGAAACGUGCAGGUGGAGAUAGUCUUGCUGCAGUUAUAAACGAUAGGUUCGAUGCCUUGAGUCAAAGCUCGUUUGAAAGUAGUGUGAAAUCCUCUAAAAAGCGAAAGACAAAUAACGAGUGA